UAUAUGUGAUAAAGAUAUUAAUAAACGAUGCAUAUAAUUAAUUGGUAAAAUUGUUAACGUAAUAUAUAACAAAGAUUAUGUAAAUAAAAUGGUUGCAAACAUAGCAACUGAUAUGACCGGAUCCAUAUACCAUGAGAGACAAGUGAAAGAGCUUUGUGCAUUACAUGCGUUAAAUAAUUUAUUUCAAGAAAGAGGAUUUAGUAAACAGGAAUUAGACCAAAUUUGUUAUAGCUUAAGUCCAGAUGUAUGGAUAAAUCCCCAUAAAUCACUGUUAGGACUUGGUAAUUAUGACAUUAAUGUUAUUAUGGCUGCAUUACAACGAAGAGGACGUGAAGCAGUUUGGUUUGAUAAACGCAGAGAUCCAAAAUGUCUGUGUUUAGAUAAUAUUGAAGGUUUUAUAUUAAAUGUACCAACAGAAUAUAAAUUAGGAUUCGUAUUACUCCCCUUGAAAAGACGACACUGGAUUGCCCUGAAGAAAAUUCAUGGUGCCUUUUAUAAUCUUGACUCGAAACUUGAUUCUCCUCAGCUUAUUGGAAAAGAAAAUGAUUUACUUAUAUAUCUAAAGGACCAGAUAGACAGUAAGGAAAAGGAAUUAUUUCUUGUCGUAUCAAGGGAGAUAGAUAAUAAUCAAGGAUGGCUAAUAAAUACAUAUGCAAAUAAAGAAGAGAUUAAUAAUACAGAUCAUGAUAGUAUCACGUACAUUGAGGACGGCUAUAUGGAAAUGAAUUUGAAGAAAGAAGUGUCUGCAGAAAUGAAUGAAAAUGAAAAAUCAUUAGAUAACAAAAAUUCUAGAUAAUUAAAGCCCUUUUAAUUUACUUAAUCUAUGUAUUCAAUGCUUCAGGCCAAAAUAAAUUAAAGGUUAAAGCGA